AUGCCGAUCGAUAAGAUCUUCAAAGAUGACGCUAGUGAGGAGAAGGGUGAACGAGCUAGGAUGGCAUCAUGUAUUGGUGCAAUGGCGAUUGGUGACCUCGUUAAGACUACCUUAGGCCCUAAGGGAAUGGAUAAAAUCUUACAGUCUACUGGUAGAGGUCAUGCCGUCACUGUCACCAACGAUGGAGCUACUAUUCUAAAGUCACUUCACAUAGACAACCCUGCUGCUAAAGUUCUUGUUGACAUCUCGAAAGUUCAAGAUGAUGAGGUUGGUGAUGGGACUACAUCUGUUGUCGUCUUGGCGAGCGAGCUACUGAGGGAAGCGGAAAAGCUUCUUGCUUCUAAGAUUCACCCAAUGACGAUAAUUGCAGGAUACAGAAUGGCUGCUGAAUGUGCUCGUGAUGCUAUACUGAAAAGAGUGAUCGAUAAUAAGGAGGAUCCAGAGAAGUUCAAGUCAGACUUGACAAAGAUUGCAAUGACUACCUUAUGUUCGAAAAUUCUAUCACAGGACAAGGAGCACUUCGCAGAAAUGGCCGUGGAUGCUGUUUUCAGGCUUAAGGGAAGCACAAACCUGGAAGCUAUUCAAAUCAUCAAAAAACCUGGAGGCUCCCUGAGAGAUUCCUUUUUGGAUGAAGGGUUCAUUCUUGACAAGAAGAUCGGAAUUGGGCAGCCCAAGCGCAUAGAGAAUGCAAAGAUCCUGGUAGCUAAUACAGCAAUGGACACUGAUAAAGUCAAAAUCUAUGGUGCACGUGUCCGUGUUGAUUCCAUGACCAAGGUUGCUGAGAUCGAAGGAGCUGAGAAGGAAAAGAUGAAGGACAAGGUGAAGAAGAUCUUAGCUCACGGGAUCAACUGCUUCGUCAACAGGCAACUGAUCUACAAUUUCCCCGAGGAACUCUUUGCUGAUGCCGGUGUACUCGCUAUUGAGCACGCCGACUUUGAGGGAAUCGAGCGUCUUGGUUUGGUUACAGGCGGUGAGAUCGCUUCCACCUUCGACAACCCAGAGUCUGUUAAACUUGGCCACUGCAAGCUCAUUGAAGAGAUCAUGAUUGGUGAAGACAAGUUGAUCCAUUUCUCUGGUGUUGAGAUGGGCCAGGCCUGCUCUAUCGUCCUUAGGGGUGCUAGUCACCAUGUACUAGACGAGGCUGAGAGAUCACUCCAUGAUGCUUUAUGUGUGCUCUCCCAAACAGUGAACGACUCGAGAGUGUUGCUUGGAGGUGGAUGGCCAGAGAUGGUGAUGGCAAAGGAAGUAGAUGAGCUCGCACGUAAAACCGCUGGCAAGAAAUCUCAUGCGAUUGAAGCUUUCUCACGCGCUCUGGUGGCUAUACCGACUACAAUCGCUGACAACGCUGGUUUAGACAGUGCAGAACUUGUGGCUCAGCUUCGUGCAGAGCACCACAGCGAAGGAUGUAACUCCGGAAUCGAUGUCAUCACUGGAGCUGUCGGAAGUAUGGAGGAGAGAGGAAUCUAUGAAGCAUUCAAAGUGAAGCAAGCGGUUUUGCUUUCUGCAACAGAAGCAGCGGAGAUGAUUCUGCGAGUGGAUGAGAUCAUCACAUGUGCUCCGAGGAGGAGAGAAGACAGGAUGUAA